AUGAGCUUCAAGGGGUUCACCAAGAGCGUGACCCGGGCGCCGCAACAGUUUCGGGCCAAGUUCAAUCUUGGUGAGACUACCAAGGAUCCCAUCUACAUCGACGCCGAACGACGUUUCAAGGAGCUCGAGACAGAAACGAAGCGCUUGCACGAUGAGUCCAAGAAGUACUUCGAGUCCAUCAAUGGCAUGGUCAGCCACCAGAUCGAGUUCAGCAAGGCCAUGGCUGAGAUCUAUAAACCCAUCUCCGGUCGCAUGUCAGACCCCGACUCACUCGUAGUACACGGCAAUCCCGAAGGCAUUCAGGCAUGUGAAGAGUACGAGAGCAUCGUCAAGGAAUUGGGCGAGGCAUUAAAGCCCGAACUCGAGAUGAUCGACGCCAGAAUUAUCGCUCCUGCCAACGAGCUCUUGGACGUGAUCAAGGCAAUCAGGAAGACAGCUCUCAAACGCGACCAUAAGCAGCUUGAUUACGAUAGGCAUCGAGCGACUUUAAAAAAGCUACAGGACAAAAAAGAGAAGACGGCCAAGGACGAGAAGGCCAUAUGGAAAGCCGAGGGCGAUGUGGAGAAUGCGACACAAGAGUUCAACUACUUCAACGAUUUGUUAAAGGAUGAGCUACCCAAGCUUUUCAGACUCGAGCGCGAGUUCAUCCAGCCCUUGUUCCAGUCUUUCUACUACAUGCAGUUGAACAUCUUCUACACCAUGCAUGAGAAGAUGCAGGGCUGCGAUAUUGGAUACUUUGAUCUUACAUUAGAGCUUGAAGAGGGUUUCAACAUGAAGCGCGGCGAUAUCCUGGAGCAAGCUGAGAAGCUGUCCAUUGUAAAGUUCAAAACCACUGGCCAAAGAAGACCGCCCAAAUAUGGCAAACCGGCAGCUCUUUUGGGUAACUCGACUCGACCUGCAGCCAUAACUGCUGGGCCUUCUUCAGCACCAGCUUCGACAACACCACAAAUCACGUACGGCGAAGAUGCCGAGAACGAUGGAGUUGCUGCUCAUGCCCCUCCUCCUUAUUCUGCCACGACAAAGCCUGGGUUUGCGUCGCCCGCAUCUCCUGCUAUGAAGAGUCCGCUCUCCGGGGGACUGGCGGCGGCGGCAGCAGCAAAGAAGAAGCCCCCGCCACCCAAGCCCAAGCCUAAGGCUCUCAUGGGUGCGCCGGCGGGAGCUGAGAUGGUGACAGCGCUCUAUGAUUACUCGGCACAAGCCGAAGGAGACCUAAGUUUUAGAGCUGGCGACGUCAUCACGAUCGUCAGCAGAACAAGUAAUGACAACGAGUGGUGGACUGGAACAGCGCAUGGGAAGACGGGUCAAUUCCCAGGAAACUAUGUUCAGUUGGGUUAG